CGGUUGUUUUGUAGCAUGCGCUUUAUGAACAUGCAUCUGUUCAGAGUUAAAGUGUGGGUCUAGAGAUGUAAUAAAUCUGUUUCUUUAUACGCUAGAGAGGAAUUAAGAAGAAGAACUGGAUUGUAGAGUUUAUCGUCAGUCGCUAUCUGUCUAGGUUUCAGCAAUGCCUGCUUUUCGUCAGGUCGGGGAGAAACAGCUCCCAAAUCCAAUUCUGUACAUGGCCUGGUCUCCGAAGAGAGAUCUGAUUGCCCUGGCUAACACUGCAGGAGAGCUUCUCCUGCAUCGCCUUGCCAACUUCCAGCGUGUUUGGAGUUUACCACCCAAUGAGAACACAGGAAAAGAGAUCACAUCACUGGCCUGGAGACCUGAUGGGAAAAUCCUGGCAUUCAGUGUGGGAGACGUGAAGCAGGUGGUGCUGUGUGAUGCAGAGAAGGCAGAGAUCCUCCACAUGUUCCCAGUGCAAUACCCCGCGUCCUGCAUGCACUGGAUGGAGGUGCAAGAUGACAGCAGCACAUUGUCCUCAUUCAGCGAGUCAGAGGAUGAGUCCAGCCGUUUCCUUCCAAAGUUACCAACUCUUCCCAAAAAGUUUCCUUUUGUGUGUGUGUGUGUGUUCAGCUACAGCACAACAUCAAAGAUAUUUAGUGAAGAGAAAUCAGAUGAAGUCACAACCCUUUUGGGGGACGUGAGGCUCAAUAUUCUCGUGGUGGGUGGGCCAUCUGGGUUUGUAGAGCUGUAUGCGUAUGGCCUAUAUAAGAUUGCCACGCUGGGUGGGAUCUCAGGGACCUGCCGUAGUCUUGGACUGUCCAGUGACCUCAAGUCCCUCUCUGUUAUUACAGAGAUCAGAUCCACAGAAGACAAUCCUGAGAUUCAUUACAUACAGCUGGACACUGGGCUGCUUUCUUCGUGUCUGCCUGAGUUGACCAAGAUGGCACGCAAGUUUACACAUAUUUCAACAUUGCUACAGUACCUGCGUCUCUCUCUCACCUGUAUGUGUGAAGCAUGGGAGGAGAUUCUUACGCAGAUGGACCUCCGCCUCACUAAGUUUGUCCAGGAAAAGAACACAAGCACUCAGGUUCAGGAUGAGUUUCUGGAGCUACUGCUGUGGGGUCAUGCAAGCCCUGAACUUCAGGCUCUGCUCAUGAAUCAACUCACAGUCAAGGGUUUGAAAAUGUUGGGCCAGUCUAUUGAUUCUUCCUACUCAAGUAUCCAGAAACUUGUUAUCAGUCACUUACAGAGUGGUUCAGAGGCUCUGCUGUAUCAUCUGAGUGAGGUCAAAGGGAUGGCACUCUGGAAGCAGAAGUUUCAGCCUCUUGGCCUGGAUCCUUUGGUCAUCGAGGAUGCUAUUGUAGCAGUGGGCUCUUUCACCCUGAAGGCAAGUGAACUUUUACAAGUCAUUGAUAAGAGUAUGAAGAACUUUAAAGCUUUUUUCCGUUGGCUGUAUGUUGCAAUGCUUCGAAUGUCAGAAGAUCAUGUUCCUUCUGAGCUUAACAAGAUGACUCAGAAGGAUCUGGCUUUUGUGGCUGACUUCCUGUCUGAGCAUUUCAGUGCUAAUGAAGAGCUAUUUGAUCGGAAAGGGAAGUAUUUUAACGUUGAGCGUGUCGGACAGUACUUGAAGGAUGAAGAUGAAGACUUGGUGUCUCCACCCAACAUGGAGGGCAACCAAUGGGUGACAUUUGUUAAGCAGAGCAUUCACCUGAAAGACAGUCCACUGCUCUUCCCCACAUACCCACAGAAGUCUCUGCACUUUGUCAAGAGAAUGAUGGAAGGCACCAUUGAUCUGUGCUUACAGAAACCAGCUGAGGUCAUUGGACGUUCAGUAAAACAAGCCGUGUGUUUAAAGCUGUACGCUGUGCCUGAGAGCUCUGAAAAUACACAAAGGCUGUUUGAGCUGCCAUCACUGUGGAAUGAUAAGAAGGCUGGUAUGCAUUAUGUAGUAUUCUGCAUGCCAGAAAUCUCUCCCUCUAAAAUCUAUAUAUUAAGGAGAGCAACAGACCCUAGCAGGUCUGUGCCUAAUGGUCUGGUGGCCCUUAACAUCAGCUCUCCUCUCAGUUCUAGUAUAUCCAGUAUAGAUGAUGAAGUGCCAGCAUCAAAUUCUGUUGACUCCAUGUAUGGUUGCCUUGAUGCCUGUUUCUAUGAUGAUGAAACAUUGACCGUGAUAUUGCGAAGUCUGGAAGAUGAUGAGAAUAAGAUGCGUGUCCUUGUUCAGCUUCCUCUUAACUCUGCUUUAUGCUGGGAGGAGGAGUUCUCCUGGGACCUUAUGCUCAGACUGGAGCAGCAGACUAAAGGGAUCCCUGUCCAGGUUCUGACCUGGGGAAGCCAGAGCAGAGAUCUGGAGAACAUUAAAGCUCAGUUUGUGGUUGUUAAUGGGAUUCGCAAAGUGGCCUGUCUGCUGAGUGCCAAUCUGAGGCAUGUACGUGUGUUUGAAAUGGAUGCAGAGGAGGAAGAGGAGGAGGAAGAGCGUGCUGAUGAGUCACAGGAAAUGAGCUUACACCAGGAUAGACUUGAGGAUACAUUAACCAAUCAGAGUGACACUGGGGAAGGAGGAGAUGCAGGGGGCGGGGCUGAAGGUUCUCAGGUGACAGGGCAAGGGUCAGGAGGCAUUCUGGAUGACACUGCAGUGUCAGAUUCACUUUGAACAUGAAUCAUAUCUGACACCUGAACUAUGCACUCUUCUACAAACUCAAUCACUUCAUGAUCACCAGUUUUGGUCAUGUACUUUAUGUACUAAAAAACAAUAUAUUGUGAUAAAAAAAUCUAAUGAACAUUUCACAUUCUCAUUUGUAAAUAAAUGGAUUUACUUUAUAAUAAGCUUAUUACAUGAGUGAGUAGGGUUGUAAUCCCUUUGUAUUAAUCCAAACUUCAAUGUGUAGGUGUCUCCCUAGGGCCAGGGGUCUAAAGGUACUGCAGGGGGUCCUUGGUGAAAAUAUAUAAAACAUUAUAUAUAAAUAUUCUUUCAAAUAGUUAGAAUAGUCAUUGUGAAUUUUGUAGAUGAACAAUAUUACAUCAUUUACAUAUAUACCACUUGCAACAGGUCAUUAAUGUUCUUAUUGAAAGAUAUAAUAAAGUGUUAGUGGAAAAAUAGAUUUUUUAUAUGGGGGGUCCCUGGGCUGGCUGAGAGUCUGAGUGGGGGACAGGGCCUGCAAAGUUUAGGGCAAUAACAACUUUUCUUUCUGUCUUCUGUCACCUAGCAAGAUGGACAUUCCUAGAGUAGGGAGUAGGACAGAGCUAACACUUUCAGGUUUUAAUCCAGUCCUAAUCCAGAUUUGUCCCUCGGUGCUGGGGCAUAAAUCCUAAUUAGAGGUUAAAUCCAAAAAUGUCAGUGGUGUAUCCGUCUGUUUUUAAGUGGCAAAAAAAAAAAAAAAAAAAAGUUUAUUUUUUAUUUUAUUUAUUUAUUUUAAGCCACAGUUCUUAGUAACCCUAAGAAAUAUAUAUAUAUAUAUAUAUAUAUAUAUAUAUAAUUUGUUUAGCCUUGAAAAAUGUUUGAAAACUUUUUCUGAAAUUUGUGAUUAAGCUACUGUAUGUAUUCUC